UGCGUUGGUUGUCAACCGGGGACGUCCUACUUUCAGUAUUACUGCUGUGUCAUUACCCCGGCUCAGUACUACAUAUACCUGAGGGAACAAGAGCGAGCAGGCUGACGACAAAAUGGUUAAAUCAAAGAAGUGGAUACUUGCUACAAAGUUUGAAGGAGAGCCAAAGGACUCCAACUUCAAGCUUGAAGAGGAGGAGCUGCCUGCUUUGAAAGACGGAGAAUUCAUCUGUGAUGCAGUGUAUCUUAGUGUGGAUCCGUACAUGAGGGCACAUUCUUUCCCUGUAGGGAGUUGCGUCAUCGGCGAACAGGUAGCGAGAGUGUCGGAGAGUAAAAACAAGGACUACCCCGUCGGAUGCCUGGUGCAGAUGUACGCGGGGUGGCGUUCACGUACACUGGUCGACCCUUCAAAACCAAAAGAUUUGGAAACCGUUCGCUUCCUCAGAGUGCCCGACCUUGGAAAACUGGAGCCAUCUCUCGCACUGGGAAUCUUGGGCAUGCCAGGGAUGACUGCCUACUUUGGGUUCCUGGAGCUCUGUCAACCUAAGGCUGGUGAGACUGUUCUGGUCAACGGUGCCGCGGGAGCGGUGGGCAGUGUUGUCGGACAGAUCGCCAAGAUCAAGGGGUGCAAGGUGAUUGGAUUUGCUGGAUCAAAGGAGAAAUGUGAUUGGGUGAAGAGUCUUGGAUUUGAUCACGUGUUCAACUACAAGGAAGUAGACAUCGACAAGUCCCUGAAAGAGGCUGCCCCCGACGGAGUGGACUGCUACUUUGAUAACGUGGGAGGAGAGUUCACGUCUAUAGCAAUUCAGCACAUGAAUCUGUUUGGAAGGAUUUCUAUUUGUGGUGGUAUCUCAGUCUACAAUGCCACAAAACCACCCAUCGGCCCCAGUCCCUACAUGACGAUCUUGUCCAAACAACUGAAAGUUGAAGGUUUUAUUGUGUAUCGGUGGGCGGACAGGUUCUUGGAGGGCAAGGCUGAAAUGAAGAAAUGGAUAGAUGAGGGAAAGAUCAAGUACAGAGAGACGGUCCAAGAUGGUUUCGACAACAUGCCCAAGAUCUUCAUGUCGCUCUUGAAAGGAGCCAACAUUGGGAAGAUGGUCGUCAAAGCCUAAGAUAUCAAAGGGAUCAUUGAUCAUUUCAGUCUGCAGUAUAUAUACUCUAUGAACUGUGCAAACUAUUUAUUCAUUUUUGUGACAUUAUAGCUGUUUGUAAAUUUUGUGAAACUUUGUAACAUUAAGAUGUUUUAUAUAUACUAGGGCUGGGACGGGUAGGAAAAAAUGGAAUCGAGUACCCGCAUGUACUUACCCGAAUCGGAAUCGAGUACCCGGAAAUGUAAGGAAUACAGCGUUUCUGUCAACUUUCUGAAUAUUCAAUCACGAUUUGACAGAGAUUAUUAUAGAAAACUUGAAAGGCUGGCAAUAAGACAUUAAAAAUGAUCUCAAGCUAUUUAAUUUACGCCUGUUUAACCAAUAGAAAGAGCAACGCCAUUACUUACAAUCCUCGUUAAAACACAGAGCUUUUCGUUCCUGCUGUUACUGUAACUUGACUACUCACUGCUCAUGCGCAGAUAAAUUACAGUCGUUAAUAAUAACCUCCAUUAAUCGGACAAUACCAGUGAUGUAAAUUUGUGUAACGAUAAUAAUAAUGAAAAAAGACAAGUUAUAUUAUAUGCCCUUGUCAUUACAGAGUUCUCUCCUUUUCCAGGUACUCGAUUCCCAGAAAUAGGACUCGAUUCCAGCCCCUUAUUCGAGUACCCGAGUACCCGUCCCAGCGCUUAUGUAUACAUAAACAUUUAUAUAUAAAUCGUGUUGUGUAUCAUUUUAAAUUCGAGAAUGGAGGAAUAACAGAACAAAAUGACAUUCAAAUUAAGCAUUUAAAAUUUAUUGUAGAACGAAAGCUGUAUGCUUCCAAUCUAUUGUCGAAAUAAACAAUACAGGUAACUAAUAUUGGUUAACGAAAAACAUGAAUUGCUACAAAUAUUUAAAAUAUACUAUUUUUCCCAUUUUUGCCACAAACACGUAUUUACUUCACGCAUUAAGCCCUGUCUGCCACCAAGCACCUGAUAUCAGCUUGUUGCAAUGUCGAUAGCCAGCAUAAACAGAACAAACUUGUAAAGUGACCUAAAUUCCGCACUAGUGUCGAAUAAAGAUUGAUUACAACCGUA